UAACACUAUUUAACAAAUUAAUACAAAUUUAAAUCAAUCUUACAUUGACAAUUACUCGAAGUUUGUUUUGGUGUUCGGAACGUUAAUUUACGAAUGUUGAUUUUUAUGGAAAACUAACAUUAGGAUUAUUUGAAAUCAAAACAUGCUGAAGAUUUGUUAAAAAUGGUUGAUUCUAACAAUGAGACGCUUGAUUUGUCGAGGCGUGGGCUGAAGAAAAUAGAGAAAGCGCCUCCGGAAGAAUCCAAAGCUAUUAUAAAUUUAAUCCUUGACCAAAAUGAACUUCAGCGCCUGGAUAACAUCGAUUCCUACAAUCGAAUUGAAAACCUGUCAAUAUGCAACAAUUUUCUCGUCCGUAUGCAUGGAGUGUCCAGACUGACCAACGUUCGCACUCUUGCUCUGAACAACAAUGGCAUAUUGCAAAUAGAAGGGCUGAAAGACAUGCUAUAUUUGAAAGUGUUGAAGUUAGCUGGUAACAAUAUUAAGUCGAUAGAACAUCUGAACCACAACAUUCAUUUAGAACACUUGGAUCUAUCCAACAAUCAGAUAUCCUUCAUAGCUGAUAUAUCCUAUCUGAAAGAUUUGAAGCAUCUCAACUUGGAACGUAACCGUAUAAUGGACAUGCGGCAGUGCGAGCGCUAUCUGCCCACUCAGUUAACGCACCUGGGACUUGCUCACAACAAUAUCCAGGACCUGAAUGAGGUGUCACACCUGGUGCAUCUGAGCCAGCUAGAUAGUUUCACUAUGCAAGGCAAUCCCUGUGUCGCAAUGGCUGGAAAGGACAAGCUAGGCUUCGAUUACCGUCCCUUUGUUCUGAAUUGGAUAAUGAGCGUCAAAUCUAUUGACGGCUUCAUAGUGAGCGCUAUAGAGAGCCUGAAGGCGGAGUGGCUGUACAGCCAGGGCAAGGGCCGGCACUUCCACCCGGGGCAGCACCGCGAGCUGUGCGAGUACCUCGCCGCCAGCUGCCCGCUCACGGCCGACGCGCUGGAGACCGAGGACCAGCGCAAGCUGCGCCUCAUCCUCAGCAAGGCUCAACAUCACCAACAACAGCUCAAAGAUCAGAACCACAGCCCGGUGAAGUCUAGAAUACAAUCGCCGAGGAUGCAAUCUCGGAUAUCACAGCGCCACGUGGGGCGCUCGCCGGACCGCCUGAGCUCGAGCUUCCACGCCGCGCUCGCGCACAAGGGCUCGCCCUCGCACGUCAUGUCCGCCUCGUGCUCCGGGGAGCUGCCGGCGCACCCGCCCGCCACCUUCGACAGCCCGCAGCACUCGGAGCGCACCCCUGUCUCGCAGCACUCGGAGCGCACCCCUGUCUCGCAGCACUCGGAGCGCAUCCCUGUCUCGCAGCACUCGGAGCGCAUUCCUGUCUCGCAGCACUCGGAGCGCACCCCUGUCUCGCAGCACUCGGAGCGCAUCCCUGUCUCGCAGCACUCGGAGCGCAUUCCUGUCUCGCAGCACUCGGAGCGCAUCCCCGUCCCGCAACACUCCGAGCGCCGCGCUGCAGAAUGUCAAACGAUACCACAGACUAAACCUGUAAAUCAAUCUCUGGAAGCCGCUUCGAAAAUGGUCCCAGUACCGGAAUCCUUGAUGAGCCCCGACUACCAGGAUCCCAUCUACGACAUCCAAAAAACCAUACCAAAAUGUACCAAUUCUGCUAACAGCGUGUCCAACACCUCGUCUCAAUCCAGCAACAGCAGUAUCAAUGAGGAAAGGAGACCAUCAAUCAAUAAAAACUUUAAAGGUUCGCCAAAACUUACGAAAAGUGCGACCUCCUCCCCUAAGUUAAGGUCGAAAAUCGAACGAAAGGGUAGUCUCUCGAAGGUAGAGGUGAAAAACGAAAAGAGAAUGAAUGGUAUGAGUGAUAGGGAAGACAAUAUCGACCCUGAUAAGCUGGAAGUUAUAAAACUCGCGUCGAAUCAGAGGCGGCAGAAGAAGAUGAGUGUGGAGACGAUGGCGGCCGUCACUAUACAGAAGAUGUGGAGGGGUUAUAGGAGCAGGAAUCUGAAUAAAGACACCUUGAGGAUACUGCAUGCGAUUCAAGCUGCGCGAGCGAGACAGCACAUACAGCGUCUAACGUGCGAUAUGGAAGCGACGAAAGCAGCGUUAGAAAGCGAGAGGAAAAUACAGCAAUUGCAGAUGCAGGCGAUCAAUGCGCUCUGGAAAAAAGUAUCCACCUUGCAGAGUACUGAUCCUAAGAACAGAGUGUCAGAGUCUGAAGAUAACACGGAGGCUCUCCGGCACCUCACGGAGACGUGCGUGUCGCUACAAGCCCAGGUGUCGGAGCUGCAGGGCUGCGUGCGCGAGGUGCUGCGCGCCGUGAGCCGCACGCGCGCCCAGCCCGCCGCCACGCAGACCGACAUCAGCGCCGUGCUCACGCCGCAGGAGGAGCGCUGCGGCUGGCUGCGGCGCCCGCAGUCGCUGGCGCUGUCGGCGUCCGCCCCGCGAGCCGAGCGCACCGAUAAACCCACUGAAGUUGACAACCUAGACAUAGAACGCACGGAGUCCGUCAUAGAAGAGCCGAGCAUAGAGAACCACAACGAACGGGAAAUAAUUACCGACUGAUGCUAAUACACGCUUUAUUGCUUAAGUACUACGGUCCAGUGUCGCAUGCGUAGCUUUAACAAUACGACUUUAAUGUCACAAUGCCCACUCUAGCGCUAAAGCCGAGUUACUUAAAACUAUUUUUAUCCCUUUCUUUUAUACUAGAAAAACAAAAGAAGAAAGGGAUAGCGAUAGAUUUUUAGAAAACAUUUCAUAAAGAAAAAACGCAGUUAUACAACGAGCUUAUUUAUAUUUCACGCACUGUUGUUGAAAAACAAGAUAUUUCGGAAGUAAAUCGGUAUUUGGUAAAACUAAAUUAUUUGAAAUUAUUAUUUAUCUGUGAUUUUAACACAAAAAGACGGAAAAAGACAAAAAAUUUAAAUUAUUUUUAUAUUUUUUUUGAGAUUGAGAUUCGCGAGCAUGCGAAUAUUUCUUUCUUACUUAUCGAAGUGUUAAUAUAUAUCUUUAAAAGUUGCCAGUGUCGGGAUUAGUGUUAGGAAAAGUAAGUGUUUCGUAUCUAAUUUAUUUCUAUCUCACAAAACAGUUCUUUUUUACAGUUUCCAAUUUUAGUUAAACUUCAUGACAUUAGGUUUAGUUAUUUAUUUUUUUAUAUAUCAUAAGUAGUAACCAAAAAGAAACAAACAUCUCAUUAUGUUAUCAGCUUAUAUUUUUAUGGAUAACUCGUAAAAAAAGAACGUCACACACACUCGAAUGUUAGAAUUAUUUGUUUUAGUUUUUCACAGUAACACAAGAGUUAAUUUUGUAACUUAAUUAUAGCAUUUAAUAAAUUAAAUCAAUAAAUUAAGUUUGAACCUUAUAGACAUAGAGAUUAAGUUGAAAUGUGAUUACUCUUUAACUAAAUAUGUAUUAAAUGUGUAUUGUAAUAUUUGUACACACAUUCUUAAAAUCAUAGAACAAAUACGGUUCUGAUAUAAGUCCACAAUUCACAUUGAACAUUUUUUUAACACAUUAAAAAUAAUAAUUUUAAUUUAUUAUAGCCAGUAUAUAUUAACAUUCGGAAAGGGCUGUAGUCUAACGGGACAGAUUUUUUUAAUAGGCAAUUACUCAGAAACUAACUUUAUACGCUUAAAUUAAAAAUCGCUAUUGCAAGAUAAUAAAAGGGAUAACUUUUUGAAGUCAUUGCGCACAUUGAUUUUAGCUUAAUUUCUAAGCUGUUCGCAUAUUAAAAUUUUUAUUAUCUGUGGGUCGAGCUGAGCUAGCGAGCGGCGCUUUGGUCUCAAUGCCCUUUACAAAAGUACAGAUCCGACUUUGCUUAUGAUUAAAACCUUUAGUUUUUUUUUUAAUAGCAUACAUGCAUUAGGGAUAAGGCUGUAAAUCCUAUCAUUUGAGAAAAGCAGCUUUUAUUGAGCAGCUGGUCGUUGCUGGAUCUAAUAUUCAUAAUACAAUACUGACACUGCCACUAAACAUCUUUUAUAUAAAAACUUGGGAUUAAUCCAUAUGAAUAAUAAUAUUCGCGGUCAGCAAAGCAAUCAUUUAACUAAAUAUUCUAACUAGAACUCCAUUGUUACUUAAUUUUUUUUCUCAUGAACAGUCAGUUUAUUGAAAAUUCAAUGAAAAUUAUUUGAAAGUAUAUCAAAAUUAAAUAAUUAGUCCCUAUUUAUCUCUGGAUGUAUAAAAUUUACGAAUACUCAAUAUAACAAAAUCUCAUGUUAUAAUAUCCAGCUCGAAGGAUCAAUGUUAACGUCGACUUAUUGAGCUUUCCGUGUAAAUAUACAAAGACUAAUUUUAUCAACUUAUUUGUAAAAUAAGAUUUUAGAAAUCGACGAACUUAUUACUUUAGAUAUAUUUUUAGUGUUGUUGAACCAAAUUAUGUUGAAACCAAGUUAUGUUGUUUCGUUUUGUCGAACAUUUUUAGAGUAGCUUUAAUAGGUUUUAUUAGAUUAUUUUUUAGUAUUAGAUAAUGUUUAUGAAUAUUUGUAAAAGUUGUGAAUGGUCAUGGGAGUCUUCAUAUGGAAAUAAAUAGUAUUGUAACAUCAAUACUUCAACACAACGCUU